CAAUUCAAAAAUUGCAUAAAAGGAGAAGAUCCACCCGGGCACAUUAGGGAGAUCAUGUAUAUGCUUUUGUCUUGGACAUAUAGUUUAUAAAAGGAGAAGAGCCACCAAGGCACAUUACCCGCGGCGAAAGAGAGAGAAAUGAGUUUGAGUUCAAAACACCUCAAGCUCUUAAGCAGACUCACUUUCUACAAACCCCACUCACACACACCACCCUAUAUCUCAUCAACAUCAAAACACAACAACAACAUCAUCACCUUAAUAUGCAACUCAUUCAGAACAAAACAGAAUUGGGACACCAUCACCCACAAUUUCAGCUCCAUCCAAUUAACCAAUCCCUUAGUAGAACAAAUCUUAUUACAACUCAAAACCCCAACCGACGCUAAAAACGCCUUAUCUUUCUUCCACUGGUCCUCCAAAACGCACCGUUUUCAACACGGUCUUCGAUCUUACUCCAUAACCAUCAACCUCUUACUCCAAGCAAAUUUAAUCACCGACGCUAAAGCAUUACUCGAAUCCCUCGCUAAUAAAAACACCGAUUCCAAUUCAGUUCGCGCGGUUAUCGAUUCUCUCAUUCACACUUCCGAGUUUGUUUCCUCCGGUUCUCACCCGCCGGUUCUCGAUCUGUUACUCAAAGCUUACGCGAAAGCAAGAUUAACCGACGUUGCUUUCGCCGUUUGUCGUUACGUCGACGAACUAGGGUUUCGUAUCGGUUUAUCGAGUUUCAAUGCUUUGCUUCAUGUUGCUCAGAGGUGUGACCGUUUUUCAACUGUUUGGGAGGUUUACGGUUACAUGAUUGGGAAAAGAAUUUACCCUAAUUCAGUUACGUUGAGGAUUAUGAUUGAUGCUCUUUGUAAAGAGGGGUUGUUACAGAGGAAUGUUGAGGUGGUGGAUCGGAUUAUCGGGAAGAGAGAUUCGUAUUCUCCUUCGGUUAUUGUUAAUUCGAGUCUCAUAUUGAGAAUGUUGGAAAAGGGAGAAGAAGGAGAAGAAGGAGAAGAAGGUGAGUUGGUUAAGCUAGUUAUGUUGUUGAAGAGAUUUUUGCAGAAGAAUUUGAUUGGUGAUUCUGUUGCUUACUCGAUGAUUGUUAAGGUUAAGGUUAGGUUAGGGGAUUUGGAUUCUGCUUUAGAGAUGUAUAAUGAGAUGGUGAGAAGAGGUUUUAGUGAAAAUUCGUUUGUUCAUACUUCUUUUAUUGAAGCGUUUUGCGAGAAGGGGCGAAUUGAAGAAGCGAUUGGGUUGAUGCGGGAAAUGGAAGGGAAGGGGUUGAGACCUUAUGGUGAGACUUAUGAGUGUGUUAUCGUUGGAUGUGCGGAUUCGGGACGGUUGACGGAGUGUUGGAGUGUUUUUGAGGAAAUGUUGAGUGUUGGGUUUGUUCCUAGUAGUUUGUCGUUUGAUAAGGUGGCUGAGAAGCUUGGUGAGAAUGGAGAUGUGGAGAAGGUGAAUGAUAUUUUGACUGUGUUGAUAGAUAAAGGGUUUUUGCCGAGUGAUGUUACGUAUUCUCAUUUGAUAAAUGGUUAUGCGAGAAAUGAUAGGAUUCAGGAAGUUCUUAAGACAUAUUAUGAAAUGGAGUAUAAGUCUAUGUGUCCUGGAUUGUCUGUUUAUUUGUCAAUGAUUCAGUGUUUGUGCCGUUUUGGAAAGGUUGAAGAUGCUGAGAAGUAUUUGAGGAUUAUGAAAGGUCGGUCGUUGGUUCCAAAUGUGACUAUAUAUGAGACGUUGAUUGCGGGUCACUUGCAGAAGGGAAACCACGACAGGGCUCUUCAGCUUCGGGAUGAAAUGGCCUCAUUGAAGUUGCAAAAUUGUUAAUGUUCCCAUAUGCAUUUCAGAAAGCCUAUUUAUGUGAAAUUGUUGUUUCAUGGUUCUUGUAAUGUAAAAUGUCAAAUGAAGAAGGGAGGUUCAGAAGCUGUAGACAUAUUGAGUUUGCAACAGCAGAAGGAGCAUGAAAAGCAAGCUUGUAACUGGAAGCAUUUCCAAGACAGUCAUAUAAGUGGAAACAAUAAUGCUACAUAUAUAUUCUGGGAUACACUUAAGGCAUGAUGUAAAAGAUGCAGUUAUAAACCCUAACAACAAUGACCAUUUUCAUAAAGUUCAUGGAUAAUAAAGAGCUAAAUCAAUAUAUUUAGAGAAUAAUAAAGAGCUAAAUCAAAUUUUUAACAAAGCUAUGGCCCAUUCUGGUCCAU